UGCGCCUCGGUUCCCCGUGGCCGCGGCGCGCGGCGCGCGGCGUGCGGCGUGCGGCUGGCUCCCUCCCCCGACGCGCCCCGCCCGGUCGUUUGCGGGCGCGCGCACCUCCUCGGACGGGUGGGCCCCGGGGUCGGGAGGCUCCGAGCCAAAGUCGAUUGGCUGACGUAGCGGCCGCGCGUCGGGCCUCAGAAACUCUGGGCGAGCGCCGAGAGUCGGCUCUCCCGGCAGCGCCAGGCGCAUCUCAGGUAAACAGCUAAUCCAAAAGUAAAUGAGGAACUUAGAAAAAGAUUGCCAACUCCAGAUCAACAUAUUUAAAGAAAAUUGGAAAAGGAGAAGCUUACUACAGCUUUAUUUGAGGACUUUUUAAAAGAACACAGAGUUCUAGCUGUGAGCUUCAAAUCUUGGAGUAAAAACCAGAGACAUUGCCAGAGCAAACAAGAACAGAAGUACAAAUGGAGGACUGGUCAAAAGAGAUAGGCCACUAUUAUCUGGAACAAGAGACUACAGGAAGAAAUAAAAGUACAGAGCCAGAUGAACAACCAACUGUGAAUUCUAAGGAAGACAUGCAUCAGAAAUCCAAUGAAUUAGUUAAUGAAGCCACCCAUGAGGACACAGAACUGCCAGGGCAGAAAUCAAGGAAUUUUCCUUAUCCAGGUGAUGAGACAGCUGACUGCACUGCUAAAAAAUCCAACAUUAUGGAACAUAGAGAUAAUGAUUUGCAUCGUGAGUGUAUGAUCCCUUGUCGAGUUACUUCAGAUUUAGAUAAGAAGAAAAUAGCAUUUCUUCUAAAAGAAUUGGACUUUCUCAGAGCAAGCAAUAAAAAGCUUCAAGAAAAGUUGACUAAAGAAGAUAAAGAACAGAGAAAACUAAAGCUUAAGCUGGAACUCCAGGAGAAAGCAACAGAAGCUCAAAUUGCUGAAAAGACAGCAGCUCUGAUUGAAGAAGUAUAUUUUGCACAGAAGGAACGUGAUGAUGCUAUUAUGUCUCGACUGCGAUUAGCCAACGAGGAGAGAGAUGAAGCAAUUGCACGAGCCAAGCAUAUGGAAAUGUCUCUAAAAGUGCUAGAAAAUAUUAACCCUGAAGAAAAUGACAUGACAUUACAGGAAUUACUGAACAGAAUAAACAAUGCAGACACAGGAAUAGCUAUUCAGAGGAAUGGAGCUGUAAUUGUGGAUAGAAUCUACAAGACCAAGGAAUGUAGAAAGAGAAUAACUGCAGAAGAAAUGAAUGCAGUGAUAGAAGAGCGGGAUGCUGCUUUGUCUCAGUGCAAACGGCUAGAGCAGGAGCUUCAUCAUCUGAAAGAGCAGAACCAGACUUCAGCAAACAACAUGAGACAUCUGACUGCUGAAAACAAUCAAGAACGUGCUCUGAAGGCAAAGUUGUUGGCUAUGCAACAAGCCAGAGAGACUGCAAUUCAACAGUACAAAAAACUAGAAGAAGAAAUCCAAACACUUCGAGUUUACUACAGUUUACACAAAUCUUUAUCCCAAGAAGAAAACCUGAAGGAUCAGUUUAACCAUACACUUAGUACUUACGAAGAAGCUUUAAAAAGUAGAGAGAACAUUGUCUCCAUCACUCAACAACAGAAUGAGGAACUGGCUACCCAACUACAGCAAGCUCUGACAGAUCGAGCAAACAUGGAAUUAGAGCUUCAGCAUGCCAUGGAGGCCUCCCAAGCAGCCAAUGACAAAGUUCAGAAUCACAGAGAGAGAAAGAGAGAGAGGCAGAGACAUAGGCAGAGGGAGAAGCAGGCUCCAUGCACCGGGAGCCCGACGUGGGAUUUGAAUCCGGGUCUCCAGGAUCGCGCCCUGGGCCAAAGGCAGGCGCCAAACCGCUGCGCCACCCAGGGAUCCCCCAUGUUCUAAUUUUAAAAUGAGGUUGGAAAGGCUAGUGGACGUCCUGAGGAAGAAGGUUGGAACAGGGACCAUGAGGACAGUGAUCUGACUGAAAAAACGACAGUCUGGGGAAGCAAUCACAUCUGGUGACCAGGCUGCUUCAUUCAACACUGUGUAAACACUAAAGCCUUAACUUAGCAAACAGUUGUUAGAAGUGGGACACUCCAACCACAUUCCAAGCUGAGAUAAAAUCAAAUCACAAAUGUUUAACCACUUUGCUGCUGACUUAUUUAUCCAAAUGUAUUAACUACAGACUUUUACCAAUGAGUAGCUAUAAAGUUGCAGCUUAUUUUGUAACUAUUUUAUAUCUCACUGUAUUUAAUAUAAAUCUUUUUACCAAGAGACCGUUAUAGGUCAUAUCUUCACAUAAGGCCCUUUCUGAGUCAAAAUACAGCAAAGUAAAUAUUGUCUAAACCUUAAUCCACUGUGUUAGGUCAAAACUUCAAAUACAUGCAUUUUUCAAUAUAGAAUUUAUUUCUUAACUGAUGAGAGAAGCUCAGACAUGAGGGGGUACAUAGUCUUCCUCCAAUGCAUACACAUAAUCUUUGUUAGUAUUAAAGAAUAUUAAGUAUAAAUACUAAGAAUUAAAUAUAUAAUUUGCUCCAAUAAGAGUUUGGUACAUUAAAAUUAUAUUUUUCACUUCAUGAUUUUUCUUUCACUACAAAUAAUGCAAACAAUUUUCAAUAAAAAAGAUAUUGUUCAUGUGUACUUCUAAAUUCAUAUUGUCAAUAUUUCUUAGUGUUGUGUCUGAAUAAUUGUCUAAACUCUAUUGAAGCUAUAGAAAUUGCCAAGUCUAAUAGGCUGGGACACCUUUGGCUUGAAAAUUAGCAUGUGCCAGCAUGACUCUAAAAGGCAAGAGGCCAUCAAACAUGUUAAGUGAUAUGUUUUUAUUAUCUUUAUUUAGAUUAUCAUUUGAAUUUAUGUUCUGGAGGAGGGGAAUCCAAUAUACAAUAAAAUUAUAAUGUAAAAAUAUAAGGACAUGGAAAAAAGAAAACUGGCAAUUUGGUUUGAUUACCUACUUUUUCUUUUAAAAG